UCCCGGAUCUCGCGGAGGGGAGGGCCGGGGGGUGCGGCCCCGCGGGGCGCGCUCGGCCCCUGAAGUGCGGGCCUCUCUAAACGCGCUCUCUCCGCAGGCGGUUGUUGCGUAGAGGCUUGCAGGGUCGGGAUGUUGGGGGUGCGCGCGGUCCAGGAGCAGAGGCACCCGGAGCAGAGCGCUGCGAGCCAGUCUCCCGCACGCUUUGUGUUGGGGCUGGACGUGGGCAGCUCGGUGAUCCGCUGCCACGUCUAUGACCACGCGACGCUGAUUCGCGGCUCCAGCGUGCAGAAGAUAGAAAAUCUUUAUCCUCAAGCUGGCUGGGUUGAAAUUGAUCCCGAUGUUCUCUGGCUUCAGUUUGUAACUGUAAUAAAGGAAUCUGUUAAAGCUGCAGGAAUAGAGAUGAAUCAAAUUGUUGGUCUUGGCAUUUCAACACAGAGAGCAACUUUUAUUACGUGGAACAAGAAAACGGGAAAUCAUUUUCACAACUUCAUUAGUUGGCAAGACCUAAGAGCUGUUGAACUUAUAAAGUCUUGGAAUAAUUCCCUCAUAAUGAAGCUAUUCCAGAGUUCCUGCCGAGUGCUGCACUUUUUCACUAGAAGUAAACGAUUUUUAGCUGUCAGUUUGUUCAGUUUCACAAACCAGCAUGUUUCUUUGAGACUGGCCUGGAUUUUACAGAACCUGGUUGAGGUGCAAAAGGCAAUUGAAGAAGAUAAUUGCUGCUUUGGGACUAUUGAUACCUGGUUAUUACAUAAGCUCACAAAAGGUUCUGUAUUUGCCACGGAUUUUUCAAAUGCCAGUGCAACUGGACUAUUUGACCCUUUUAAGAUGUGUUGGAACCGGCUCCUUACUUCCAUGCUUUCGAUACCACUGUUUAUCCUGCCUCCUGUGAGGGAUACGAGCCACAAUUUUGGAUCAGUGGAUGAAGAGUUAUUUGGUGUCCCUAUACCAAUAGCGGCCUUGGUCGCUGAUCAGCAAUCAGCCAUGUUUGGAGAGUGCUGCUUCCACAUAGGAGACGUGAAACUAACCAUGGGAACUGGGACAUUUUUGGAUAUUAAUACUGGAAAUAGCCUUCAGCAUACUAUUGGAGGCUUUUAUCCACUAAUUGGGUGGAAGAUUGGCCAAGAAGUUGUAUGCUUAGCUGAAAGCAAUGCAGGAGACACUGGUACUAUCAUCAAAUGGGCUCAAGAAUUAGAUCUUUUCACAGAUGCUGCUGAGACUGAAAAAAUGGCCAAAAGUUUAGAAGAUUCUGAAGGAGUCUGUUUUGUUCCAUCUUUUAGUGGAUUGCAGGCUCCAUUAAAUGACCCCUGUGCAUGUGCCUCUUUUAUGGGUUUGAAGGCUUCCACCAAUAAAUACCAUCUUGUACGAGCAAUAUUGGAGUCAAUAGCUUUCAGAAACAAACAGUUAUAUGAGUUGAUGCAGAAAGAGAUCCAUAUCCCUGUGACAAAAGUCCGGGCAGAUGGAGGAGUUUGUAAGAACAAUUUUGUUAUGCAGAUGACUUCAGACCUGAUUAAUGUGAAUAUAGAGAGACCCAUCAACUUAGACAUGUCCUGCCUUGGUGCAGCUUUUCUAGCUGGCCUUGCUGUUGGGUUUUGGACUGACAAGGAGGAACUAAAGAAACUGAGGCAAAGUGAAGUGGUUUUCAAGCCACAAAAGAAAUGGCAAGAAUAUGAAAUGAGUAUGGAAAACUGGGUCAAAGCAGUGAAACGCUCCAUGAAUUGGUAUAACAAGAUGUAGCACUAACUGGAACGACUGAAACCAUAUAUGGCUGGUUGAUAUGACACGCAGAUGAGACACAGCUCAGGGAUAAUAACCAAUACGACAAUGACUGAGAAGAUUUCAGAUGAGCUUUGCAACCUGAGAGAAAAAACAUUGCUUUUUUGAAUACAAAACAAAACAAAAAAUCCCUCAUUUUAAAAUCUAGACCUUGGUAAGAUUGUAAGGCAACAGUACCUCAAAACUUUGUACCUUCUGUUUUUUAGGAAAUUCCAAAGGACGUUAGCCAUUUCCAGCCAUAUUUUGACAGCUAUGGGUCCUCCUCCUUUUUAUACUGGGUCAGCGAUACAUACGGACAUAAUUGUUUACUAUCUGAGUUAAUAGUUCUGGGUCAAGCAUCAUUCAUGUUUUGUUCCAAAAUUAACAAGUGUUCCUU